AUGAAGGAAAAGGCUGAAGUAGAUUUCAAGGUGGUGCAGAAGGAAAGAAAAGUUGAUUUGGAGAGGUUUAAGAGACCAAUAAUAACAAUUCAAACUUAUGCACAACCAAACAACAGAGAUUAUUAUGGAUUGAAGAAAUCGAAUAGAAUCAGCAGAAUACAAACAGCGAAGGAAUAUUUGAAGACGUGUGCAAAGGACAAUUUCAUUAUAAACAACCUGAAUAAAAUAGAAAAUGAUGUGGUAGAGAUGAACAGAACCAUAGGGGAACAAAGCUUAAAACUCCAUUUUCUGCUGAUUAUGGAGUACAAUGUGGAUUUGUACAACUUCUGGUUCCAAAAGGGAUUCAUGACUGAGCACGAUUUAACAUCAGAUCAAUUUUUGAAAUAUGAUCCAGCAAACUACGACUUCUUCAUGAAUGAUGUCUACUACAUGCACUACUUGUUUCCAUUACCAUUUCACAAUGAUAAUUUAAUGAAAAAAGAUAAACCAACUCUUAAGAUAAUACGAGAUCAAUUUGUGGGGAUGAAAUACAAAACACUUGUUACGGCAAAACUCAAGCAAUUCCUAAAUACAUUUCUUGAAUUUAUGAAGGAUGCACAAUCAAAGAAGAACGUGGAUUUCAAAUCAGGAAAAAUGGAGAAACUUUUGGAACACAUCACAAUAAGCUGCGUGUUUCUAGAUAAUGAUUUUGAUUACAUUGUGUACGGGAACUUCUUGGACCAAUGUAAGGUUUCAUUGGGAAUCACCGGUUUUGAAGCACCACUGAGGUAUUCAAGGGAAAAGCUAUUUUCAUAUAUAGAAAAAGAAGCCAAAUUACUAAGACAUUAUGGUGUACCAGUUCCAGCCUAA